GGGUCACCAGGCAUCAGGUCAUUUGGCUCGACAGCGGGCACCGCGUCAUCUGGCAAGGCAGUGGGCUCCGAGUCAACAGGCACGACAGUGGGCACCGGGUCAUCAGGUACCGGAUUGUCUGGCUCGACAGCAGGCAUCGGGUCACCAGGUAUGACAGCGGGCACUGGGUCACCAGGCAUCAGGUCAUUUGGCUUGCCAGCGGGCACCGCGUCAUCUGGCAAGGCAGUGGGCACCGGGUCACCAGGCAUUGGAUCGUCUGGCUCGACAGCGGGCAUCGGGUCACCAGGCAUCAGGUCAUUUGGCUCGCCAGCGGGCACCGCGUCAUCUGGCAAGGCAGUGGGCACCGAGUCACCAGGUACGACAGCGGGCUCUGAGUCAAUUGGCACGACAGCGGGCACCGGAUCAGGUACCGGAUCAUUUGGAUCAACAGCGGGCAUCGAGUCAACUGGC